CUUGUAAUAUACUUUCUAUGAAUAGUUAACACAAAGAUGACACAAUUAAAUAACUGGAAUAACAAGAAAUACAAGGAUGUAUGGUAUAUGACUGGAGACAUUGAAAUAUUAAAGAAUUAUUAAUCGAAAAAAGUUAAUGUUUUAAAGAGAAAGAAAAAACAGAGGAGGAAAUAGGGACAUUUGUAACAAAAGAUAGAGCCAAAGAUUAAAACUAUAAUGAUGAAUGAAUGGGAGUAGGUGAAGUAGGUAAAAAGAGCAAGUAUUGGCGCACGUGGGAGCCUCUGAAUGUCGAGGCUGCAGUGUUGGCAGUGUUGGUGGCAGUAAUGGCCCCUGCUCUGACAGAAGACGGUCCUCAAAAGCCUGAAAAUUUGCUCCCAUCUCUACCAGCUGUGGGGUUUUUAUCCCCUGAGCAGGCUACGCAGGUCUGUCGCGAUCGAGAAAUUUUGGCAAAGUUCGUUGUAUCUGCGAACGUUCAGCCAUCAAAAAUCGACGAGCAGUACCUGCAUGGUGUAUCUAAAGAUCUUAUUCGUUAUGUUAUUAAUUCAAAUUACGCCAAUAGUCUUGACAAUUUAUCUACUUACUCACACAGCUCUGAUUUGAUCUUAAGAGAGAUUUUUACGGAGCAGGGCUGUAAACGGCCAGUAACGCCGGACAGUCCCAAAAGAAAGGAGACUGAUACUAUAAUGAACGACCCAUCUAUGGGUGAUCAGGCGGACAACAUGGGCUUCUUGAAAACGAACGAUGAUUUAUCUUUGGUGGAAUCUGCUACUGUUGAAGGAGAUAAUAAAAAUUUGGACGUUGAUCAAAUAAUGGCUUUUGGUACAGAGAUUAAUACGGAUAACGAGCAAUGCAAUAUAAAUGCUGUCGGUGAUAUUGGACAAAAUGUUGAAGAAAUUCUUCAAGUUAUUAAAUCUAUAGAAUGCACUGGAAAUGCUGAAAAUACUGCUGGUAGUUCUGAACCUGUACAAGGUUCCAUGGACAAUGUGGACAGCGUAGAAAUGUUUCCAAUCCCUGAAGAAGGAUUUUCGUCCUUUGCAAGAGACUUACUUACCGAUGCUGAUGUAAUGAGCCUUUGUAAUGAAAAUAUUAAUAUUCCAGAGACAGUAGACCAGCAAAAAACCAAUAGUUUACGUUUACAACAAGAAACUGUUGCGCAAAAACAAUUUGAAAAUGAGAGAAAGUGCGCAUUUUUACUUAGAAGACUGAGAAAGCUUCAAGCACGGCUUCUUGGCAGACAUGUUGCUGAAGAGAAUACAGGUGUGCUUGAACUUGCUCAUCAUGGUGUUAAAAAGUGUUUAUUUCAAGAAUUGGUCAAUAUCAGUUCCAAAUCCAAUGUCAGAAAUUUUCCUGAAAUUAGUGGUAGUUUGAAUUUAUUUUUACAAAAGGUUGAAAAGAUGUGUGUUACUCAAAGUAAUAAUGCGCAUCGUCAACGUUUUUGUUAUCGUUAUUUUGGUGGUGGAUCACGUGAUAAUUUGGGUAGUACAUCUGGUAGUAAUGGUAACAGGAUGCCAGUUUUUGGUAUGCCUCAAGUUAAAAUCAACAGUGAAGAAGUUGAAAAUGUGGCAGGACCUUUGGCAACGCAGUUACAUAUUGUAGAAUCUAAUUUGGAUUCGGAUUGUACAGCGUCUAGUAGUGGCGGAGAAAGUUGCGAUGAAAUGCAAUCAUUUAAUAAUCCGCAUCAGCAGCAACUACCAAUAUCUAAAAGAGCAGCAUGGAGAUAUUCUCAAGACCGUGCAGGUAUAGCAUCAAGGUGGAUCUGGUUGCAAGCACAAAUAUCAGAUUUAGAAUAUAAAAUUAGACAGCAAAAUGACAUCCAACGUCAAGUUAGGGCAUUAAAAGGCUUGGUUAUACUUGACAAUGCUGAAACAGUAAAUGGAUAUAGCGGUGUUUUACCUGGUUCUACUGGUCGAUAUAAUUUAUCUGAAAAUGAAUUAUCAGCUAGCAGAACUCGUCCAUUUCUAUGGAAUUUUUAUAGAAAACGAAAACUAUUACAAGUUGAAAGGCUACACGAAUUCUCUAAACGUGCGGCUAAAGCAUCCACAGUAAGAUGUAACUGUGAUCAUACACUGCCUGCGUGUGCUUUGUGCACAGGAAGGCUAGAUCCAACUCAAACACAAGAAUCAAUCGAACAACUUUCUGUUCAAGAGAGGCUAGCACUCGUUGACCCUUGUUAUCAUCCAGUUCUAUCCUUCCCAGAUGAUAUUGUUCAAGGAACUCAUUUAGAAGCUAUUAUGAAAUCAGCCGAAUGGCAACAAAAAAUACUAAGGGGAAGUACGCGUAUUACUCGAAUAAAAGAUAAAGAUAGUAAUGAAAGGAGAAACAAAAAACUUCCUGGACAUCGAGCAAAGUAUACUGCACGUUUAAAGCAGUCUUCUUCUAGUAUCAUCACAGCACGAAUUAAGAAAAAGAUGUUGAAAGGAAAGAGGAAUAGACUAGGCCACGAAAGAAACGCAAAUGGUUUAAACAGGAAAAGAGUACCAAAAUUGCCAACCGAGGAUUUCGAGGAAGUUAAUGCGCUUUCUGGUUCCAGUAAACAUUCAUCUCCAGUGCCUUCUCCAUUACAACAACAUACCACCAAUUCUACACUGGAAAAAAAUUCAGUAAAAGAAAGAAAUUCAACUUCGCAUCACGGGCGUUUGAGACAAAACUCUUACGAUAUAGACAAUAUUGUCAUCCCGUACAGUGUAGCAGCUUCAACGAGGCUUGAAAAAUUACAAUACAAAGAAAUUUUAACUCCAAAAUGGCGAUUGUGCGAGGAUCGACCAAAAACUGACGUAAAAAAUGGUAUUAUGUAUAGGCCUAGUCAAGAUAGCGAUUUUGAAGAUAUGUCGGAUGAAACAAUUGCUUUAAGACAUGAACGAAGUGAACGAGAAGAGAAUAAACGUUUUAUGACGUAUCUCAAUACACCACAUCAAACACGUAUUCGUCACAAUCGUCGAGUAGACAGUAGGGCAGAUAGUGGUGCAAACACGCCAGGUUUGCUUUCCUGUUUAAAAAGUGAUCCGAUGUCUCCCCACGCCAAUGACUUUGGUGGAGAUGUUACGUCUCCAAUCAUAUCUCCACCUGCAACUCCUUUACAAGUACAGGAGACAGAACAUCAACAACAAAACUUGGAUACACACCGACGUCGUGCCAUGUCCGUUUUAAGGAUAGGAAAGGACGACGUUGGAACUUCUUAUAACGAAGAUGAGAACGAGAUUUUACCGUAUGAACCACGCGUAUUUCCACUGUCCGAGGAAAUUUAUGACAAAAUGGUCGAAGUAAUGCCAGACGGACAUUGGCAAACUUCAUCGGUAUCUUUGUGCUCUCGAGACGAAGAAAAAGACGAUGAUGGGGAAUUGGAAUCUCCUGAAUCUGAUUCAACAGAAUCUGCUUGUUAUGAUAUAGAAGGAGAGGAUCCUAAUGAUCCUGAAUGGACGGUAGCUGACAAUAGGGAUACUGAAAAGGAAAGAAUACGUCCGACUGCUAAAAGAUAGGAUAAAGGUUAUAAACAAUACAAUAUAUCAUCUACAUCGUGUCGUUAUUAUAUGCAGAAGCUACCUGUCAAUUGUUAUAUAUACCUGCCGGUCAUGUAAUAUGCACCUUAAGUUAAUGGUAUUACGAAUCUGUAAAGUGUAUUAUAAAUAUAAAUUUUAUAACUUCA